AUGAGAUUACAAAUUGCUACAGAGGUUGCAGGAGCCCUUGCUUAUUUGCAUUCAGCAACUUCCAUUCCAAUAUAUCACAGGGACAUUAAAACCACUAACAUUCUCUUGGAUGAGAAAUACAGGGCCAAAGUUUCAGACUUUGGAACUUCAAGGUUCGUAUCAAUGGAGCAAACUCAUCUCACUACCUUAGUUAAAGGUACAUUUGGCUACCUAGAUCCUGAGUACUUCCAAUCUAGCCAGUUCACUGAAAAGUGCGAUGUUUAUAGCUUUGGAGUUGUUUUGGUCGAACUCUUGACGGGAGAAAGACCAAUUUCCCUGACUAGAUUUGGCGGAAAUAGAAGUUUGGCUACACAUUUUCUGUUGGCUAUGGAAGAUGGUCGUGUUAUGUCUAUUUUUGAUUCGAUGGUGAUUAAGGGGGUAGCAGGGAUGAGCUCUUGGCAGUAG